GCGAGAAGGAUCGGAGGACCAAUGUGCAGCGUGAUUUACACAGACCAUAUGCUGAAGACCUCCUGUGGACCUGAAAGCUACGGCAGUGAUCAUUUGAAAAGCGCAAGUGCUCCGUUGAUGUAUAGAAGUUUUCAUAUCAGUAGCAUUUGCCAAAGCAAGAAGAGGAACAUGUCAGAAAGUCCAAACACCCCGUGCCACACCAACACAGACAACAUAAAUCCAAAGGAAGAUGUUCUGCCUUGCACAGCUUCAAAGAUAGACGACACCAGAAUAGAUACCGGACAGCGAGAGAAGGAAGAUGUUCUGCCUUGCACAGGUUCAAGCCUAGCUAAGACGUGUCCCCUGAACCUACCUGACCCUUUCAAGUUGCCCACGCCUGCUAUACAUGGUCCAUAUUAUCAGAUGCCGGGGUGCUGGAUGAGCAGCAAGGACCAAGACAGAAGAAACCUAAAAACAUCAACAGCUGGACCAUUGUAUUACUGGGACAGGCAGGUGUUGGGAAGAGUGCAAGUGGCAACACAAUCUUGGGGGGAAAUCCUGUUUUUAAAUCAUAUCGAAGUUCUGUACCUGUUACAAAAAUGUGUCAGGAAGUACAGCGGCAAAAACAAGGGAUAAAGGUGAGGGUCAUUGAUACCCCAGACUUCUUCUAUGACAAUGUUGACGCACAAUCAGACACACAUGUUAAGGAAUGCAAAAAAUACUUCAGUGAUGAGUCUGUGUGCUUGUUGGUGAUUAAAAUUGGCCGAUUCACGAAGGGUAAGAGAGAGAUAUUAAACCAGUUGGAACAUGCCUUUGAUAGUAAAAUCAGAGCGAAAACUAUUGUCCUCUUUACUCAUGGAGAGGACCUGAAAAACAUGAACAUAGAGAUGUUUAUCCAUUCAGACCAUCAUCUUCAACAGAUAGUUGAGCUCUGUGGGAACAGGUACCAUGUGUUCAGAAACACUGACCCAGACCGUCGUCAGGUGAUGGAGCUGAUGGAGAAGAUCUGCAAAGUCCUAGGCCAUGAGCAGAGUUUCACAGAGUUAAAAGACCAGUUGUCCCCAGAGUUCAAUGAGUGUGGGAGAAAACAAAUGAAUAUGUCCCAAGACUCCCAAUCUAAGGUAAAUCAAAUAAAACAGCUCUGCCCACUUUUCUAACUUUGAUUGUGUUAACAAAGAUUAUUUCAAUGUCACCAAUGAUUGCUUUAGGUCACUUUUGUGUGGCCUUGUGACUAAAGUUGUGUAUUAGUGAGAUUUUUACUGUGCCGUGUAUUAUACCAAAUGUCUUUCCAUUGAUUGAAUCUACGUCGCCAUGCAUUUAUAGUGUUGUAUAAAGUUACUGACAGACAUACAGAUUUAAAACACAAAUUAUAAUACUUGGGUUUAUUGGCUUAAUUAUCAGGCUUGAGGUGAAACAGACUAACAUUAUCCAGCCAAGAUGAUCUUUUAAAAUGUAAUUUCAUGUAAUGUAAUGCAUAUACUGUAAUGCAAAUAAGCUCAUUUUAAUCAAUGGCUCAAUCUUUACUAGUUUUUUUCAAUCAGGUUUACUUAGUACUCAUAGAUAGUACUCAUAAGAACUAUGCUUUUUGACCACAGAAAUUCAUCUUUAGUCACACAAUAAUUCUAGUAGAUUUGUUAUGUCAGUAAAUGUGUUAUUAGGCAUUAAUUCAUAUUAAAUUGUUUACUAAGGUUUGAUAACCCUGAGAAAUUGAAACCACUGACCUAAAUCGCUACACUUAAGCAUGCAAAUAAAAUUUGGCGAACUAAUUUGCCCAAUAUUCAGUCAUA